AAUCACUACUUUCUAUUUGUGGUUUUCUAUCUCUUUUCUAUAUUUUGGCUUUGUAGGUUUGAGUAGAAUUGCAGUUACAUUUCUACCUCCUUCUUCCUCAAGUCCAUAUCUGCGAAUUCAUAGUCACCAGCAUGGAGAACGACACUACUACAACAAAGAAAAUAUGGAACUUUAAGGAAACUGAGAAAUUGGUGAGUGCAUCGAACCUCACUGUAAGAAGUGUGCUUGACAAGUUGACGUCUUGCCUUGACACUGCUGAUACCCGAUCCGUUAUCCCUCUCGGCCAUGGCGAUCCUUCUGUUUUCCCCUGUUUCCGUACUACACCAAUCGCCGAAGAUGCUAUCACUGAUGCCGUUCGCUCUGCUAAAUUUAACUGUUAUUCGCCCACUGUCGGCAUCUUUCCUGCUAGAAGGGCGGUAGCAGAAUACCUUUCUCAAGAUCUCCCAUACAAGUUGUCCCCUGAUGAUAUUUACUUGACAAGUGGAUGUCUUCAAGCAAUUGAAGUACUUUUGAGUGCUCUUGCGCGUCCAAACGCAAAUAUUCUACUUCCAACUCCUGGAUUCCCUUUUUAUGAAGCUAGGGCUGCAUUUACCCAUAUUGAAAUGCGCCACUUUAACCUUCUCCCGGAGAAGGAGUGGGAAGUGGAUCUUAAUGAGGUUGAGUUUUUGGCUGAUGAAAAUACCGUGGCUAUGGUCAUUAUUAAUCCUGGUAAUCCAUGUGGCAAUGUCUACACAGACCAACACUUGAAGAAGGUGGCAGAGACAGCAAGAAAACUUGGAAUUUUAGUUAUUUCUGAUGAAGUUUAUGCUCAUCUCACUUUUGGAAGUAAACCAUUUGUGCCUAUGGGAGUCUUUGGAUCGAUUACCCCUGUUAUUACUCUCGGAUCCAUAUCAAAGAAGUGGGUCGUCCCUGGUUGGCGACUUGGUUGGCUUGUUACAAAUGAUCCAAAUGGCAUACUAAAAGAACAUGGGGUCAUAGAUUCCAUCAUAGGAUAUCUCAAUAUAUCUUCUGACCCUGCAACUUUUAUUCAGGGGGCAAUUCCUCAGAUCCUUGAGAAAACAAAAGACGAUUUCUUCUCUAAAAUAGUAGAUAUGCUAAGAGAAGAUGCAGAUAUCUGUUAUGAAAGAAUCAAGGAUAUUCCUUGCAUCACUUGCCCAAGUAAACCUCAAGGAUCUAUGUUUGUGAUGGUUCAACUUAACUUGAAUCUUCUAGAAGACAUCGAAGAUGACUUGGACUUUUGCGCCAAGCUGGCUAAGGAAGAAUCUUUGAUAAUUUUACCAGGUGUUGUUGUGGGACUCAAGAAUUGGCUCAGAAUAACCUUUGCAUGUGAGCCAUCAUAUCUGGAAGAUGGCUUCCAGAGACUAAAUGCUUUUUAUAAAAGGCAUGCCAAGAAACAAUAAGCUGCUGCUGUUUAAGAAGCAACAUUGAUAUUUGUUACCGUCCUCUGAUAAGGAUCCAGUUAUGGGACGCUGCAAGAUGAAAUCAUAUGUUUUCUUCCUUCAACCUAUGGUGUUGGUUCAAGGACCUGCAAUCUCUCGAGCUCAAGUACUUAAUAAUUUGAAUAAUUUUCUGCUCAUCCAUCUUUCCAUUGAAUU